AUGGUGAUUUUCGUGUUAACUGUAGUAGGAUUAAUGUUUGCUGCAAGUGCAGUGAACGCCGAAGAAGUCACCGACUUUCGAAUGUGCCGGAAUACUAGAUGUGAAGUAUAUGAUCUGUUUAUUGAACCAUGUCCCGAAGCUUUAGAGCACAAACCAUGUGAAGUACAACAAAACAGCUCCGCGUCUAUCACAUUUAAAUACAUAGCUAAAUUCGGUUCGAAGCAACCAAAGACAAGACUAUACGCUGUAACUCCUACGGGGGAUUUGCCGUUUAUGGACAUGGACCCGAACGCAUGUUUGUACACAGAUUGUCCCAUUGUGAUGAACGUCGAACAGGAUUGGCUGUACACUUUAUACAUAACCACAAAAUAUCCUAAGGAUAGUUACACAGUUAAGUUGAAGUUCUGGGAUGACGGACCAAAAGCCAGUAGGAAGGACGUAUGCUGCUUUAAAUUCGAUAUUAAGAUCGUUUAA